CAGUAGGCGGAGUGUUUACAGGCGCGUUCCUUGAAGUGUUUCACGUUAUGGAUCGUAAGACAGUCAUCAAAAGCAAACUACAAGGAAUAGAGAGCUAUAACCCUGAACACAUAACAGCACUUGAAGAACAUCUUUCAUGGCAGAUCAUAAAUAAUGAUUAUGAUUUCGAAGCUAAUUUAGCUCUGCUUAGAUUAUAUCAGUUCUAUCCGGAACGUUUCAACGCUGAGUGUGCGAGGUUAGUGCUGCUGAAGGCAAUUAUAAGCAUGAGUCACUCAGAUUUUACAUUGUGCAAGUACUUGAUUCACCUAGAACAUCUCAGUGAAGAGCCACUUUCACAGGUUGUGGAGCUUGGGUUUCUCCUGGAAACCUGUCGGUUUUCUGAGUUUUGGACGAAAGUUAAAGAAAACCCCAAAAUUUUUUCUGCUAUCCCUGGAUUCCGUGAAUCUGUAUGUAGAUUUAUUGUCCAAAUUAUAUCUCAAACAUAUCAACGUAUAUCAAAACCCUUAUUAAUGAGCUUUUUGGAUAUGUCAGAGAAUGAUUUAAAACAAUUUAUUAAACAAUUUGAAUGGUCCGAAAUCACUGAUCAUCAUCAACUUAUUUUAAUUAAUAAUCAUGAAGAGAAUAUUAAAUCAAUACAAAUACGUGAACGUGUCAAUUUCGAUUCGAUCACAUCAAUGUCCGGUGCAUUUAGACCAUCAAAAAGUGAUUUUUUCAUUAAAACCAACAUACAAUCAUAAUUAUCAUGUCAAUCAAUCAAUCAAUAAAUAAUUCAAUGAUUUAUUUCAUUAAAAAAGAAAAGAAAAAAAAGAUUCCAUUUUAUAUCAUUGAAAUAGAAAAAAAUUUCUUUGUGUAA